CUGCCCCCGUUCUAGUUUGUUUGACCACGUCCACACGCAGCACAUUGUGAUAUCAACAGAAACAAAGGCUGAAGAGACGCGAAAAGAGGAGGCACAAGAUAACAAGAUAUGAGGCUCCAAGUUUGACUUUUUGACUUUUCUUAUCUGCAUUCGAUUGAUGAAUGUGGACGUUUUACUAUUUUCUAUUUUAACUUUUACCAGUGUUCAUUGCCGAAGGGUCUAGGUACAGGAACGCGUGCAUGUGGACACCCAGACGUACGUUCUUUUUACAUUGCAUCCCAUAAAUAAGUACGAAGAAAGUUGUACAACUUGUCACACAAACCUGCGAGCAGCGGAUCCGUUUCUUUACUUUACCCGGAUAACCUGGAAGAAUGCUGCCCCGGCUACUCACACUGGCCUGUGCUCUCUAUGUUGGGGUGUCCCCUACAACGGCAAACGCCGUCCAAGCCGAGACGUGGCUACAGCAGUAUGGCUACUUGCCUCCGGUUGACCUUAGGUCCCAGGCCCAGGUCCAGAACCUCCGCUCACUCAAGACCGUCUCCACGGCGAUCGCGGCCAUGCAGAGGCUGUACGGGUUGACGGUGACGGGCUCCGUUGACACCGAGACGAUAGCGGCGAUGAGUCGGCCGCGGUGCGGGGUUCCCGAUAAAUUCGGGCCGGAGCUGAAGACGAGCAUGAGGAGGAAGAGAUACGCCAUCCAGGGCCUCAAGUGGGACAAGUCGGAGAUCACCUUCAGCAUACAGAACUACACCCCCAAGGUGGGCGAGCGAGGGACGUACGAGGCCAUCCGCAAGGCCUUCAAGGUGUGGGAGAGCGCCGUCCCCCUCACCUUCCGGGAGAUCCCGUACAGCCAGAUCCGCGACCAGGUGGACAAGUUCGCCGACAUCAUGCUCUCCUUCUCCGAGGGUUUCCACGGCGACAGCACGCCCUUCGACGGCGAGGGGGGCUUCCUGGCGCACGCCUACUUCCCCGGCCACGGCAUCGGCGGGGACACGCACUUUGACCUCUCGGAGCCCUGGAGCACCGGGAACGUCGACCAGGGCGGUAACGAUGUGUUCCUGGUGGCGGUCCACGAGCUGGGCCACGCGCUGGGCCUGGAGCACUCCAACAACCCCUCCGCCAUCAUGGCUCCCUUCUACCAGUGGAUGGACACCGAGAACUUCCAGCUCCCAGACGACGACCGCCGGGGGAUACAGGCCAUAUACGGAACCAAGUCCGGCGCCCCACCCCCUCCACCGCGACCCACCAAGCCCUACGUCCCGGAGGACCCCAGCCAGGGGCCCGACAUCUGUGAGGGCCACUUCGACACCAUCGCCGUCCUGAGAGGAGAGAUGUUUGUGUUCAAGGGCAAGUGGCUGUGGCGCGUCCGCAACAACAAGGUGCUGUCCGGCUACCCCAUGCCCGUCGGCCACUUCUGGAAGGGCCUGCCCCCCAACAUAAACGCAGCCUACGAGAGGGACGACGGGAAGUUCAUCUUCUUCAAGGGUGACAAGUACUGGGAGUUCUCAGAGUCGAGCAUGUCCAAGGACUCUCCUAAGAGCCUGAAAGACCUGGGCAGCGGCCUGCCAAGGGACAAGAUGGACGCCGCCUUGUUCUACACGCCCACGGGCCAGACAUACUUCUUCAGGGGAACAAAAUACUUCCGCUUCAACGAGAAAACGCGCACGGUGGACAAUGACUACCCCAAGCCAAUCAGCAUGUGGAGUGGAGCCCCGGACAACAUCAAAGCUGCCCUCAUGAGCGAGGACGGAUCGUACACCUACUUCUACAAAGCCAACAAAUACUGGAAGUUCAACAACCAGUACAUGAAGGUCCAGUCGGGCUACCCCAAGUCGGUGCUCAGCGAUUGGAUGGGCUGCGAGGGGGAGGAGCCCAAGAGGGGGCGGGGCGAGGACGAGGUCAUCAUCAUCGAGGUGGACGAGCAGGGCGGCGGGUCCGGGGCGGGGCCGGCGGCCGUGGUCAUCCCGCUGAUGCUGCUGGUGCUGGUGGUGCUGACGCUGGGAGCGCUGCUGUUCUUCCGGAAGUACGGAACGCCAAGGCGCCUCCUGUACUGCCAGAGGUCCCUCCUGGACAAGGUGUAGAGGGGGGGGGGUGAGAGAGAGAGAGAGAGAGAGAGAGAGAGAGAGAGAGAGAGAGAGAGAGAGAGAGAAACUUGCCGACGAUUGGACAGACUGACGACAGGGAAGGGAGGAGGAGGAGGAGGAGGAGGAGGAGGAAGAGGAGAAGACGUUUGGAGCAGCGCAUUGGGGGAAGGGAAGGAAAUCGAAGAAGGAAAUUGAAGACGGAAAUUGAAGAAGGCGAGCGUGACCAAUGAAAAGAGACCUGGGGGAGGGGAGAUGAUUUGAGUGGUGUUUGUACAGAGCCACGAUUCAGGGCAAAAAGAGAGAGGGAGACAGACGGAGAGAGAGAGAGUGUUGAACAUAUCCUCAAGAAAAAUCAGGAACUUGUGUAUUCUGUAGUUAUCGAUCCCCAACAGAGAGAAUGGGGGAGGUUGGGGGGUUGUUCUUCGUCCGACUAGGCACCUGUCUGUUCCAAAUGCUCCCGAAAGCCACCAUUUUCUUUCCACUAAUCUGCUUCUCCUCUUUCCUCUGCCCCGUCCAUUAGAAUCCCCCCACCCCUCACUACUAUCACUUGACGACUCCAGCUACACCAGCUGUCCGAUUCCUUGUAAACUUUGGUUCUGCGUAAACUCAAAAUGUUUACUCUAAAUAAUUAUUAGUGGUUUGGAAAAUCUCCCCGAUUUCCACAUGAUGAAACCCUACAGUUCGCCUUUCGUUAGUUAUCGGACGAUUUGAAAUCCGAUCAUCCUCCAUUUAGCGCGCAGAGAAAAGAAAAGAAAAAAAAACAUUUGUUCCCGUUUCUUUUGUUUUCUUCCUCCCGCUCAACACAGCUGUGGAAGAGCUUUUUUCCACCACCAAAGCAGGUAUUCCACCCCACUAACUCACCCCAGAAACUCCCCCCAAAAUGAACCCCUCCACUAGUCUGCUGGGUAUUGUUCUUUGGUUGUGAAGGCAGAGUGUAUACUGGAACAUUCCUAGGUCGCUACUCCAAGUUUGUGUUUGCACUUGUAUGUACUUUUCUUACUAUGUCAAAUCUGAAAAAAAAAAAACUACCAAGCCAAAAGGAAUCGGAAUAUUCCACGGGAAGUUGCAUCUUUAAUUCCAGGAAAGAUAUCAACUUACAUUUGUGCAGUAUUGGCUUGGCCGUUUCGUAUCUUAAAUAUGCAUGGGUGGAUCUUUCAAUACCUAGAUAGAGAACUGGUCUGCUGGUUUCCGUUUGUUGUUUUUCUACCCUCAAGCAUAGUGUAUAACUGACUGCACUAUAAAGCAGAAUUUAAACUGUGGUGAGGACGUGGCAUAUAACAUUUACAACAUUUGAAAUCCUAAUGUCAUAUUGUGGAAAUGGUCCUGUUUGAUGACAUCAGCUUUUUUUGCAAAAAAAAACUAAAAACUUUAACUUGGGCCAUAUGUUCCAGAGAUUAAGUUAAACGUGGACAGCAUUAAAAAAAAUCGAAUCAUAAAUUAAAUCUUAGCUACUUUAACUAUACUUUUCCACCAGCAGCCGGGCACAUUCAUAAACACAGCAUUCGUGUCCUAAAGUGGUUAUAUUGAGUGAUCUUCAAGGUCCAUAAGGUCCUUCCCAAUAUUUCAGGCCAGCCAUCUCAACUUGCUAGUUUUGUUAAUUAGCACAACUCGCCGCUAUAAUUACUGAGGGAAAUCAGCUGAGCUCCAUCCGGGGCCGGAGAAAAAACGUGGCGGGUUAUUUUAUCUGUCUGAAGCUGGAAUUUGUCGGUUGGUACGGAUUACGCAAUAUGGUCCAGAUCUAAUAACGGUGUUUCAUUUUGAAUUAUCAUUUUGUACAACAAAUUAUUGUUAUUAUAGUUAUGGUUAUCGUUGUUUUAUUGGUAACGUUAUGAUGACUUGAUUAGUUUUGAUUUUCGCGUUGUCUUCGGAAGCCUGCUGGACAGAGGCUUAACAUGACAAUCAUGCCAAUAGCUCCCUUUUUUAUUUUAUUCCAUGUUCGGUGGUAUAUCGGUAUCCGUUAUUAAAUCCGGAAGCCGUAACCCGAUUUUUUUUAACGGGAAUUUCUUAAUGGCUGGCACAGAACCACAUUUAUUUAUGAACUACUAUUUGGAUGGUGCUUAGUGUUGUGUUUUGUCUUCACAGAGAAUCCAAAAUAAUUGUAAUUGAUUUGUAUUUAAAAAAUAAUAAUCAUCAGUGUGCUGAUUACAGAUUGAUUGGGCUUGCUUUAAAGACCUGAAUUCAACAGUGGGGGCUUCUACAGAGUGGAGAAAACUAAUAUACCACUGUUAACUACAGUAAGGAUGGGUGAUGCUUCGGGCAUUUUCCAUGGUAAAAACAUGUUAUGACACUCUGAAAUUCAACCCUAAUAAAGAUGUCUUUACCCUUUUUUUUUUUACCAAAGUGAAGAGAGCUAACAUUUUAUUGACUAUCGGAAGAUCAAGAUAACAUAAUAGGAAAACUUUGGUGUAUAUCUACCGGCAGUGCCUCGUAUGUGCAGCUGGUUCUGCGCUGUUCAUCGGCCGUUGUCCUUAAGCAGAGAGCUCGUGUAGCCCUGCCCGUUUCCUAGUAGUCCAUCAGAAAUAUUGUUGUCAUCUUCGUUUGACCAGAGAGGGCGCUGUUGCCAGAGUUUUAAUUAUAGUAUUUAGUUACUCUUUAAUGGCCCGGUAUCACUGUGCUCUACAUGAAGGAGAGAAAUAUGGAAAAUGGCUUAGGGUAUCAUAAAAUGCAUUAAAAGUAAAGUGAAACUCAGACAUUCCAUUCCGAAAUGAUAUUUUCCGAGAUGUCCUUCAACAGAGGCAACCUCAGUCAAAAUGUGCACACUGUUUAUGAUAAUGAAAUCAAUAAAAGGAGAUACUUA